UAAAAAAUUGGGGUCUCUUUCUCACUCAAAUCAAACCAUUGGAAUUCCCAAACACUCAUUACCUCAUUCUCCCUCACACUCCGUCGGCCUUGCCUUCUGCCGCCGACACCACCACCUCCAACAACACAGCCACCGCGGCCAUCCUCAUUCUCCUUCCCUCCCUCAGCCGCCUGACACACCCCCGUCGUGAGUAAUGGUCACAUCACUUUUGCAAGAGUGGCAGCUUGUUUGAAGUUUACCUUCUUCUUUCCGUGGGCAAAUAUUGGGAUUGCUAAAGGGUACUGCACAGGAAUGGGGAGGAAGCGGCGACUUGAGUUCGUUGAACUUGGUGAGAGCUCCUCAAGUGUGGGGUCGAAUGAAGUACAAUCAAGCCAACAAGCUCCUCCAACUGCUGAUGAUAGACGACAUUCCCAAGGGAGUGAUGACGAGACACAGUCACCAGAUCCUCAGGACGUACCCGCAGUAGGAGCGGACAAUGUACCCAAUAAACGUGGGCCGAACCGGUUUGACGACAUUUGGAAUAUGCCACCGGGGAAAAAACUGUUCUUGCAAUUAAAUAAAGCGGGUCAGCCAGUAGGAAAAAAUGCUGGGUCUUGGGGCAAGGUGGCUGGGAACAGUAGCAAGAAGGCAUGACAUGUGCCCAAUCAAUUAUGUUCGUUGGCCUUCAGUGCCACAACAAUACAAAAAUCGGUGUUGGGAGGCCAUUCAGGCACGAUGGAUAAUUCUUGCAAACCGCAUCCAACCUGCCAAGCAGAAGAAAUGGGCAUUGUCACGGAUUGGGAAGUUGUGGAGGGGCCACAAAGCAGAGUUGAAGGAGAAGUAUUGCAAGCCGGGCAUUCCUAAGGAAGCUUUACUUGAGCUAUCACUGCCUGAGGUUGAUGACAAUCAAUUUCAUGUCUUGGUGGAGUACUGGUUUUCUCAGAAAGGCAUGGACCUGUCGAAAGAUAACAAAGAGCGGCGUGGGAAGCAGACGAAGCUGCAUACGCUGGGAUCCAAAAGCUAUGCCCAAAUGGCGGAUAGCAUUGCAAACAAAAAAGGCAGGCAAAUAGAGAGAGGUGAGAUGUAUGAAGUGGCGUAUUCUCACCGUGAUGGUACUGCUGUCAAUGAAAUUGCGGAAGCAAACAUUGCGAAGAUGAAAGAGUUUAUGGCAACGGGGUCACAGUUGCAGGGAGACGACAUUGAGGCUAGCAUACUUUGGCAGCCCAACGAUGCAUUUGGACAGGUCAUCGGUCCAGAGAGAGGUGGCCGUGUAAGAGGGGUAGGCUUUAGUCCAACCCCCUAUGGCAAUCGUGCAAGUUCAAUGGAUGACAGUACGCCACCUCCAACAUCUACUGCAAUUGACCAAAGGGUUAAGGAGUUGUCUGCUCAAGUAGAAGCAUUGAGGGAGAAAUUCACUCGUUAUGAUGCCAUUGAAGCUAAAGUGAGGUUAAUGAGGAGGAUGUUGACCCAACUGUACCCAUCGUUUCCCACUAUCUCUAUGGAUGGUGACAGUGAUUCUGUAGUGGAUUUCCAGUCUCCUGGUGCUCAGCGCUUAUCAUCUGAUGAUACGCAUUAGACAAUACUUUGGACCCUAGUUUGGAGUAGUUACUAUGACAUUUUGAUAUUUAUAAUAAAGUUUCAAACUUUGAUAUAUAUACAUAUCAUAGUUGGAAACUUUUGCAUAACAUUCUAGACAAUUGGAAUGUAUUCUUUUAUGCAAGACAUCCUACAUGGUUGUAUAGAAUGUAUUAUUUUGUUCAUAACAUUCUAGACACUUGGGAUGAAUUAUUUUGUGUAUAACAUUCUAGACAUUUGGGAUGUAAUUAUUGAUAUGGUGUAAUUAAAUAUAUUUAGUUUGUUAGUUUAA